AUGAGUAUUAAUUGUACUCGUUGUGAGUUAUGUGGAUCUGCCGCAUCCAUCUAUGCUCCUGGCUCAUUCAUUCAUUUUACAUUAUUAUUACGAGUUAUAGUAGAACCUGUAUGUAUAUUGGGAAUAAGCUUAUUAAGUAUUGCCAUUGUAUAUACAAAGUUACUUCAUGUCAAUGCUCGCUUAUUGCUACUGGGAAUAACUAUAUCAAUGAUUAUAUGUAAUAUAGGUGUCUUAAUUGAAGCUCUUUAUACUAUUGUUGUUUCUUUCGUCAUUCCUGAAGACGCACGAUGUGAUUUUCAAGUUUUCACUCCAACAGCCUGCUAUCGAUUACGAGCUGUUUAUGUAAUUGGAGGAAUGGGUUUAGCUGUUUCAACUAUACUGUUGGCCAUUGAAAGAGCAGUCGCAACUAUAUUAUUCAAAUCAUAUGAAAAGAUAGCUCACGCAUGGUUUGGUGUUGUUCUUAUCUGUAUCCAGGCUGCUAGUGGUAUCUUAAUAUAUUUUUCAUUAGAAAUGCCACGAACUUUGCCAUAUUGUUCUUUUGAAUUGAAUAACGGUCCUGAUACGAUGAUGACAGGCCAUUUCUUGGAAGGAAUUAACAUAGCUGCUCUCUUCGUGUUUGGUAUCUUGUGGCUCAUAAACAGAUGCCGGACGAAAACUCUGGUUGAUUCCCAGCUUAGAGUUCUUUCAACGAGAUAUCAAUUAAAGGAGAAUAUAAGCACCACAAGGCUGAUGAUCCCUAUAAUGAUUAUUUUCCUCAUAAUGACAACCUCCGCCGAAAUUGUUUAUAAGCUGUCUUUGCCUAUGAUCACGAUGGAAACCGUCAUCACGUCAAAUGUUUUGAGACAGAUUGAAGACUACGCACCUUACUCGGAAUUUCAGAUAACUCUCAUGCCAAUCUUGACAAUUAUGAUGAUUGUUCUAUUGCCAAUGUUUUCUGUCCAUAUUAAGAGAUCUUUCUUCCGUCUCACACGAAUAGAUCGCUUCCUGCCGGAAACAAGUCAUCACAACGUGGACAUCGUUACUGUCGAUGAAGCUCGUGACUUAUAUUUUGAAAAAUUACAAGGGCAGUGGCAUGAGAAGCCAACCAUCCCCCGAAGCAAUUCAUAA